AUGGAGGUCGAUGAGGGCCGCCUGAAGAGGCAGCGUGAGGAAGAGCAGGCGCAGGAGGUGGCCAAGAUCAACCUGGAGCUGAAAAAGACGAACAACUGGUGCACCAGCAUGGAGCACCACGGCGGGUUAACCAUCGAGCAGAUCGAGUGGAGGAACCUGGGUGGCAUCACGCCUGGACAUAAGGUGUGGGAGUUCGGGGAGCGGGCGACCAAGGGAUGCACCAUCACGGAGGCCAAAGCAUGGCUGACGAACAUCAGGGCGGCUGUGGACGACGACUUGCGACAGGCGCUCGGAGGGGCGCGUGCGGAGGUUACCGAGGGGACAUACACAUUCCAGGUCUCCUUCGUGCCGAGCGAAUUGGCAGAGCUGCGCAGCCAGAUGACGGAUGGGAUGACGACGCGGGAGAGUCGCAUCAAGGGCGUCUCCCCGAAAAUUAGAUUGGAGAAUCGUCCAGAUAGGAUCGCGAAGUACAGUACGAUGGGCUGCCUCAGCGACGCGAUCGCGGCUGAGGCUUCGGAGGCGGGCUUGGAGGUCAAGGCGGACUGGCAGCGAACUUUAUCCAUCAAGGUGCACUACAACGGCGAUGACAUCCUUGUGGCUGGGGUGUCUGCUUCGGCAGGCCCCAUAUGGCACGAGAAGGGCAAAGAGAUGCUCAAGUGGGGCCGCCAGACGCUAGAGAUGCAGAUGAAGAAGUAG